UCUCUCUAAGGGGAGGCCGGGGCCUUGUUGGGCCGGUGAAGGUGACACUACACUCUCCUCAGGCAGCGCUCGGCCCCGUCCUCCUCCUCUUUCCCAGCCAUGGCUCCCGGAGCAGCGUCCAUCUUCGCCGCCGUCCCUCAGGCCCUUCCGGUGGCCGUCUUCCAGCUCACGGCGGAUUUCCGCGCAGACACUGACCCUCGCAAGGUCAACCUGGGAGUGGGAGCUUAUCGCACAGACGAGGGGCAGCCAUGGGUCUUGCCGGUGGUCCGGAAGGUGGAAAUGAUGAUUACCAAGGAUACCAGCUUGAACCAUGAGUACCUUCCCAUCUUGGGCUUGCCAGAAUUUCGUGCCAAUUCCUCACGAAUUGCCCUUGGAGAGGACAGUCUAGCUAUCAAGGAGAACAGGGUGGGAGGUGUCCAGUCCUUGGGAGGCACAGGGGCACUUCGUAUUGGAGCAGAGUUCUUGAGACGCUGGUACAAUGGAACCAACAACACAUCAACACCUGUGUAUAUCUCUUCUCCUUCCUGGGAAAAUCAUAAUUCAGUCUUCACGGAUGCUGGUUUCAAGGACAUCCGAAACUAUCGCUACUGGGAUGCUGCAAACAGAGGUCUAGACAUCCAGGGAUUUCUGGAGGACCUGGAGAAAGCUCCAGAAUUUUCUAUCUUCAUCCUCCAUGCUUGUGCUCAUAAUCCAACUGGCACAGAUCCCACCCAGGAGCAAUGGAAACAAAUUGCUGCUGUUAUGAAGCGCCGAUACCUGUUUCCAUUCUUUGACUCUGCCUACCAAGGCUUUGCCUCAGGUUCCCUGGAUAAAGAUGCUUGGGCUGUGCGCUACUUUGUUUCAGAAGGCUUUGAACUCUUCUGUGCCCAGUCCUUCUCAAAAAAUUUUGGCCUAUACAAUGAGCGUGUGGGGAACCUGACUGUUGUGGCAAAGGAUGGAGAAAAUGUGCAGCGAGUUUUAUCCCAGAUGGAGAAGAUUGUCCGCACUACUUGGUCUAACCCGCCUUCCCAGGGGGCACGCAUUGUGGCUACAACACUCACUUCUCCAGAGCUUUUUGCUGAAUGGAAAGAGAAUGUGAAGACCAUGGCAGAUCGUGUCUUGCUGAUGCGGGCAGAGCUCAGGUCUCGGCUUGAGGCCCUACAUACACCGGGUACAUGGAAUCACAUCACGGAGCAGAUUGGCAUGUUUAGCUUUACCGGCCUCAAUCCUAAGCAAGUACUAUUCCUGAUCAAAGAAAAACACAUCUAUCUGAUGGCUAGUGGCCGCAUCAAUAUGUGUGGUUUGACUACAAAGAAUCUGGACUACGUUGCUGCUUCCAUCCACGAAGCUGUUACCAAGAUCCAGUAAAUCUGAAGCCAGACAUUGCAUGCAGUUGUGUUUUAAUGUUCCCCUCGUGUUUUGGGUUCUUUUGGAAACCAAGAGUAACUGCUGGAGCACAGGAAUUCAAACAAGAGGUAUGGCCAGGGUUCCAUAGAGGGCCUGCUUAAUUCUUUCUCUUCCCACCACUUUUCUGUUUAAAAUGAUUCCUUUUCUUGACAGAUCUCUCUUCCCUUGCAAGGGCAAAAUUAGAUGAAGGGAAGGAACUGCAAAUAGAAAAGUGGCCAGAGGGGAAAGGAUUAAGUAGUCCUCUAUAUUUUUCCUUGCCUUCUUAAGUUGGAAGCCUCAUCAGAACAGUGGGAGAAGUUACACACAACUGUAUGUAAUAGUUUGGUCCUUAGCAACAUGAACAACUGACUCCUUCCAUCUUGUAACAUGUAAUCUCAUGAGCUCAUCUCCCUCAUCUCUAUGACUCAGUUGGGAUUGGGAACAGCAAUUGUGUCACCAAAGUGUCUAACUGCCUUUUAAUGGCCCUAUUUUGUGUGUAAGCAUGCCAGUGGGAGAGAGCCCAGCUCCAAGUUUCUCUUCCUUCUGCAUGCAAGCAGUUAAUUUUGCACACCUAGUACUAGUAGUGACUAAGUCUAGAACCCAAGCACUUGGCUUCUUCCACCUGCCAUGUCUGUUAUGUCCAUUUGCACUUUAUGUUAACCAACCCUCUCUGGCCUACAGCUGCUGCAGCAACAGAACAGCACGUUGUGGGAUAAAAACCAAAACAGUUGGUUUUCAUACAGGGGCUGCAGACUGUGUGGGCUACUUCAGGGAGCGAGGCUGGUGCUGCCUCCCUUGGUUUCCAGCCUUGCAUAAACAAAGAUUGUAAUCUUAAUAACUGUACUUUGACUCAUUAGUGCAAGAAAAUAAAAACAUCUCUUCAUGCCA